AAAACACAGUUUGCCCGGUUGCGGAGUUUUGCUCUGACAGACAGACAGACAGACUCUGUUGGACCAAUUAACGGGCCUGUCUGUGCGCUGCCCCCCUGAGAGUGUUGCCCCGGGCGGCCUCUGCUCACUCUGCCAGGACAGUCAGCAGCAGCGGGACAAACCGUACCAGACAGACGCUAUCAACUUUGCAAUGGGGUCGUCUCGGGCUCUAGUCUGCUCCACCGCAUUUGUCUUGGUUUUACUGAGCUCAGCAUCCAAGGAUGAGCGCAUAAUUGAGCAGCGUGAAGUCACCUUUGAACUUGACAAAAUCAUGCAAGAGAUGCAACAACCAAAUUCACCCGUGUUGCAGAAACAACUGAGCUUGAAAGAUUUCCUCGACCUCGAAGGAGGUUCCAGGCCAGGAGUUUUGACACCUAGAGGACGUCAACCAAUUUUUGGCCCCCGUUCCUUUGGUGGUCCUUCCUUCCUGGACUAUCCUGUUCAGUUCCCCCUCGGCCGACCGACCUUCGACAAUCUCCAAGCCAUCUGUCUCCAUGGAGACCGUCGUCCCCGCUACCCAGACUCUUACUUUCCUGCCUCUGGUUUUGGCUUGCUGAAGCGAAGGGCCAGUGCUGUCAAUAAGGCAGAGUCCUGGUUUAGUACAUGCUGCAAAGGGAACCAAACUUGGGAGAGGGAAGUGACGCUGUGUUGCGCCACACAGGCGUGGGAGAUGUCAGUCGAAUCCUUCUGUAAGGAGGACUCAUCAGUUAAGGAUCGUCAAUAUGAGUGCUGCAGUCAAAAAGACAGCGACAGGCUGAACUGCUUCCACAAAGACGCUCCAAACCCAAACUACGAGCCAACAGAGGAGCUGCCGGUGCCACCGCUGCCCUCUACCAGCAACUUCAGCUUUGACCCUAACACUUGCCAGCGGACAGUGACUACGUACCGUGGCAAAGGAAAGAAUGUGAAAAGACCAUCUGCUCCCAAGAAAAUUAACAUCAUCUUUCCCCCUGGACGACCCACUGCAGAUACCAUUGAAUCACUGUGUCUCACCCAGAAGCAACGCCCCCUCUAUAAUAUCAAGUGCCUGCCAGGUUUUGGCUACGAAUGGCUGGCUCGUCAGGCAAAGGCCAUUAAUCGUAUAGAAAAGGGAUUCAAAGAGUGCUGCAAAAAGAAGCAGGAUCUGCUGUCCUGUGCUGUUCUGAAGUGGCGUCAGGAGCUUAACAGGUUUUGCUUGGGUGAGAACGGGGAAAAGGAGGAUUACUUCUGUUGCAUGGUUCAUGAGAGAAUUAGACGAUACAAUUGUUUCCAAAACAUUUCUCCUGACCCACAUUAUAAUAUGACUCUCGCCAUCGAAGAGCUCUCACUGCACAAAAUCUGUGACACUCACAAGAUCAUCAAGAAGAAGUUCCCUGUUGGUUUCCCUCUCAAGAGCUUUGUGAACCAUUGCUGCCUGCCCCUGUCUGAACAAGACAAGACCAUUUGUUUUUUGCAAAAGCUUGAGACAAUGUCGGAGGACCUGUGUUCAGGAAGAAAGACUACUACUCCAGCUGUCCGUCGCUGUUGCAGCGCACCUUUACAAGAGGCUCCAGAGUGUAUCUCCAAAAUUCUUAUGGAUGCCAUCACCAAAGCAACCAAAGUCUUACGUCAAGAGAAGAAGAAAAUAUGCCCUUUCUCCUAAACCCUGACCUUUUGCUGCUGACCCUACUGGCACUAGGCCAUUCAGGGAAAUGUCAAGCUAGCCACAGAGGUGACCUCCUGUCAAUAUUUAAAAUGUGGACCAAAUUCUAGCUUCAUCUACUGCCAGUGUUAUUUGCAUAUUUUCAUCUUAGACCACAUGAGAAGCAUUGUUAUCAAAAAUGAAAAAAAGAAACAAAAAUAUUGUUAAAUGCUUAGUUUGCAAAACAGAUUGUUGUCUGUGUCACUGUAUCAUUAUUUUUAUUGGCUGCUCUUUACAUUUGAUUAUGAAUGCAUUUUUUGAUUCUUUUGGUGCUGCAAGAUCACUUCUCUUCUUUUUAUAUGGUUUUGUGGUUAAGAUUAUAUCUACAACAGCUCUAAUAAAAACGCUUUUAAAUGUA